AUGCCAUCCUCCAUCCUCCACCCAUGGCAUAAGCCUCCACCGGUAGCUACAGACAUAUCUCCAUCUAAAACGUCUGGUAGCUAAUCCUCUGCCUACAUGCUGAUGUGUAGAGAGCUGGAACCUGGAAUCCUCCACCCAGAGGGUUGGGCUGAGGCUGUCUACCAGAAACCUGCAGUAUCACCUCCACCUGAAGAUUCCUGCAGACAGCUUCAGUCCGAUCCUCCAUCUGCCUCUGACAGUUGGAUUCAUCUCCAUUCUUCAACUACACAUGAUGUUAUCAGCAGAGCUGUGUCAUGGUCUUAUGGAUGUGGCCAUUUCCAGUAUCUCCACCUCACCUCCAACCUCUGCAAGCCAGCUCCAUCCUCCACCAACCAGCCACCGUCGGACUCUGCCUCCUCCCUCCAACAGCCAUCUGCUGCUCUAGCCUCCACCUGCAGACAGCAGACAGCUGACACCAGACUCUCCAUCGGCAACCAACAACAUCCACCUUUGCCAAACUCCACCUGCAGCCUCUGCAAGCCAACUGCCAUCCUCCACCCACAGCUUCAGCCUCCACCUGUAGCUUCAGAUGUAUCUCCACCCAAAAUGUCAGGAAAUUAUCUGAAUUGCCACCGCUUCACCUGCCACCGUCCAGCCAGCAUCAGACUUAAACUCUGCUUACUCACUACAACAGCUACCUGCUGCUCCAGCCUCCACCUGCAGACAGCUGAGACCAUGCUCCGUCUACAACCAAUUAUGACCAACUUUGCCAACCUCCACCUCCAACCUCGGCUGGCAUCCUGCAGCUUCCUCCACCUGCAGAUUCAAGCAGACAGCCACAGUCCAACCCUCCACCUACAUCUUGCCAGCAACAUCCACUGGUGUCUCCAUCUGCAGAUGCUUGCAGCAACCUGACCAACCCCAACUGCUACAAA